AUCCAAUCAGGGAAUCAGAUACAUCAAGUCCACAGGUUCAUCAACAAUCCUACUAUUAUCGUCAUCAUCAUCAUGAAGAACAACUCGACAAGGAUUAUAACGCUGGUGGUGAUGGUGACAUUUUCGACGAUUAUGGUGAUGAUGAUGGUGAACCUCCAAUACUCCCCACAACUCGUAUUGAUUCAUUGACUACUACCACUACCAGUAGUAGAGGAAAACGUCCAGUCGAUGUAAAUAAAUUGGAAGCGGACAGG